AAUUUGAACUCAAAAAAGGCUUACAUUGAAAUAAGCUAAAAUCAACUUAAGUGUAUAUAUCUCAUACGCUAUUUUAUUAAGUGUUUAUGUUAUCAUAUAAGCCUAUAUAAACUCUAAAUAAAUUCUUACACUAAAUGAUCAAUAUGUUGAACAUUCAAACCAAUGAACGUUCUGAAGUUUACCAUACCCCACUUGGACUUCAUGUUCAUUGCUACCAAUUGACUAUGCAAGUCAAGAGACUUUGUUUUCUUAUUUAUCUUUGUAUAUGCAAACCACGAAUUCUCUCUCUCUUCUAAGCUUCUAUUUGUUUAAGCUUAAAGAAAAAAGUUAAUAAUGGCAGUUGGAUUGGCUAUAACACGUCCAAGUGAACAGAAGAAUAAUGGCAGGAUAACCCUUUAUGUUGUUCUCUCUUGUAUGAUGGCUGCUAUGGGAGGUGUCAUAUUUGGUUAUGACAUUGGUAUAACAGGUGGAGUGACAUCAAUGGAACCAUUUCUGAAUAAAUUCUUCCACAACAUAUACCUUAAGAUGAAAUCAGAUGAUAAAGUUAGCAACUAUUGCAUGUUUGACAGUCAACUACUGACUUCUUUUACAUCUUCUCUUUAUGUUGCUGGUUUUGUUACUUCCUUCUUUGCUUCUUAUGUCACCAGAGUCUUUGGUCGCAAGCCAUCUAUCGUUGCAGGUGGUGCUGCGUUCCUCGCCGGUACAGCCCUUGGAGGUGCAGCUUUUAACGUGUACAUGCUCAUAGUCGGUCGACUUUUGCUUGGAGUUGGGGUUGGUUUUGCUAACCAGGCAGUUCCUCUAUAUCUCUCAGAAAUGGCAUUACCUAGAUUUAGAGGGGCAAUAAACAAUGGCUUCCAAUUAAGCAUUGGUAUUGGUGCUUUGUCUGCUAAUCUAAUCAACUAUGGAACAGAAAAGAUUGAAGGCGGUUGGGGUUGGCGCGUAUCCCUAGCCAUGGCAGCAGUUCCAGCCUCUUUCCUAACACUAGGUGCACUUUUCCUACCAGAAACUCCCAAUAGCCUAAUCCAAACCACCCAAGACCAUCAAAAGGCGAAGCGAAUACUUCAACGAAUCCGAGGCAUAGAAGACGUGGAAGCAGAACUCGACGACCUCACUAAAGCAAGUUCUACUUCAAAAACCAGUUCACAGCAACCAUUUAAGAUUAUAAUGAAAAGAAGAUAUAGACCUCAACUUGUAAUGGCAAUAGCAAUACCAUUUUUCCAACAAGUGACAGGGAUCAAUGUCAUCGCUUUCUAUGCCCCUUUACUUUUCAGAACAAUUGGGUUAGGAGAAAGUGCAUCGCUUCUAUCAUCUGUCAUGACAGGCAUAGUAGGUACUGGUUCAACGUUCAUAUCAAUGUUCAUAGUAGAUAAACUUGGAAGGAGAACCUUGUUCAUAGUCGGAGGCAUUCAAAUGUUUGUGUCACAAUGUAUAGUUGGAGGCAUAAUGGCAGUUCAUCUGAAAGAUCAUGGUGGAUUAAGUAAAGGGUAUGCUUAUAUGGUUUUAAUAAUGAUAUGUAUUUAUGUUGCUGGGUUUGGAUGGUCGUGGGGUCCACUAGGUUGGUUAGUACCAAGUGAGAUUUUUCCAUUGGAGAUUAGAUCAGCUGGACAAAGCAUCACAGUAGCAGUGAGUUUUCUCUUCACUUUUAUUGUUGCUCAGACAUUUCUAUCCAUGCUUUGCCACUUCAAGUCUGGGAUUUUCUUCUUCUUUGGAGGUUGGGUGGUGGUGAUGACUGUGUUUGUGUAUUGUUUCCUACCAGAGACAAAAAAUGUGCCACUUGAACAGAUGGAGAAAGUGUGGCAGGAACAUUGGUUUUGGAAGAAAAUAGUGGGAAAAAUAAGUGAUGACAGAGGUAAAGGGGAAGUAUAAUGAGAUCCAAUUCUAAUGCUAUAUGGAUGAUAGCAGAAAAUGUUUCGAUAUUACAUGCACAUGCACAUGUUAAUCCUGCCUUAGAAGUUAGCUAUCAAGGAGAAGAAGCAAGUUAUUUAAAUACUCGACCGAACAUCACAUACUAUUUGAGCACCCCAGAAUACCUGAGUCCCUAUUUUACCAAGAUUUCCUUUUUACCCUUUUCAAUUUUGUCCCUCCGUUUUUCACUUCUACAACCAUAUCACGGAAGAGAGAUGUUAGUGCAAAUAGUUAUGCAAGUGAGUGUGAUUAGUUUCACUUCUUACACUGGGAAAAUUGAAAUGUAGUCUGAAAUCUUCAUGCAAGCAUUGAUGUUGAUAGAAAUGAGAAAAGAUUGAUCUUGCACAAUCCAUGUUAAAUGCUCAA